CUUCAUCUACAACUUACCAUACUGUCAACGAAACAUCGAAAAUGUGGGAAAAGUGUACAAAUAGUUAUCACAUUUUAUGGCGUGUAUUAUAACGAUUAAAUCAUGCAAUCAUGUGGCCGAUGAGAUACGAAAACAUGACUCGUGAUGAAUGUAGAAAAUGUUUACGAUGUUUAGAAUUAGAAGCUUAUGGAAAUAUGGUGUCUGUCUUACGUGCUCAAGGUCCAUUUACUAGUGAAAAACAAAAGUUGCUACAAGAACUUGCUAAAGUUUUACAUAUUUCUAAUGAGCGACAUCGUGCUGAAGUACGAAGAGCUGUUAAUGAUGAAAAAUUAGCAACAAUAGCUGAACAAUUAAAUGGUCCAAAUACUGGUACUGAUUGGACUAUUGAAGGUCGUCGUGCUAUUCCACUUUUGCCAAGAUUAAAGGCUCGAUCGGCAUUCACAACAUUAGCAAAUAGUUUAUCCCUUGCAACAGUAGCAGCAAACAAAAGGAAUCUUCCUGUUCACGAGAAAACAGAGGAUGCAAAAGAUAUUAGAAAUGAAUCUCCCUUGAAGAUUAAAGUACAAGAAAACUCUUUUAAUAAUCAUGAGAUUGCAUCUAAUAAAGAUAAGUUAAGUGAUGAAAAUGUUCUAACUGAGGUUACUGAAUCAGAUAGGAAUAAGGAAAUUAAUAAUCAAAGCAAUACCUCUGAUGGCAGUGAAAAAUAUAUUGUUUCUGAAAAACGUAAACCUUCUUCUCCUCUUUCACCAACACUUCCAAAUAAAGUUUUGGUAGUAUCUUCAAGUUCAAUAGGAGCUAUUAAUCAUGGUACUACUGAUAAAGGAUCAUUUGAAAAUACUAUUCAUUUAUCACGAAUGCCUACAAAUUCAUUACAGCAUCAAAAUGUCACUAUAAUACCAUUAAAUAUUAAUUGUGGAGAAAGUGAUUCAGAAUCUAAGGAAUUAGCAGUGCAAGACAGUGAAAGUAAUCAUUCGGUAAUUUCAUCUAGUAAUUUUAUGAAUACAGUAAUCCCAAUAGGUACAACAAAUAUUACAAAAGCUAAAGGAAGAAUUAUUACAACACAAAAUAAACUUAAUACAAAAAUUGGACCAGCAAUUUUAGUGUCUGGCAAUGUAUCAUGUGCAUCAGGAAAUAAUUUUCAAUCUGAUAUACAAGAUAUAUCUAUACAAGAUAAUUUAAGUCCUAAAAUAUCAUCUAUAUCUCAUAAUUUACAAAAAGCAUCAUGUUCAGAAAAUUCAAAUUCAAUUACAAGCAAUACAAAACGUAUUGUGCCAGUAAUACAUUCUAAUGUAAAAUCUCCAAUAACUAAAACUAUUACUUCAAGUAAUUCACAUCGAUUGAUGACUGUUUGUCCUGUUACAACAGUUUCUAAUGGACCAGGACCACCUCAAGCUAAGCAGAUAACAACGUUAACUUGUAAAAAAUUACCUACAACGCUCAAUAAUCAAACCACUGCCAAGAUGGGUGUUACAUUAAAUUCUAAUAAAACUGUAAAUAUAUCUCAUCAUCCUGAUACAAAGUUAGGAUCUAAGACAAAUGUGAUUGUUAUACAAAAGGGUCAAACCAAAGGUGUAACUCUUUCUCAAGCAGGCAAGGAAGUAUUAGGAAAAGUAAUAAUGGGUGGAAAAAGUUUGUGUGUCACGAGUCAACAUAACACCUCCAUUAAUGUAGUACCGCGUCACGUUACGUUGAAUAAUGGAGAUCAAGGUUUAACUGUAUUAUCCACAACAAACUCGUCUCAUACAGAAUCUAUAACAUCCAAUAUAAAGUCUGGUAAUACGAUUAUGUUCAAUCUUCGGCAGGAUGUUCUGGAAAAAAAUAAGGCACUCUCUCAUCUCCUUGAAUCAUCUAAUGUUCUUACCUCUGAAUCUAAGACUGUGAUACAAAAUACUAAUGCUCUUCUUUCAAAGGAACCAAGUAACAGUGAUUUACAUGUACAGGAUAAAGAGCUAAUUGUAAAAACCGAUGCUGUAAUUACUACUGUUAAAGAUGAGACACACAGGAAAGUAAAAAUAUGUAUGCAAAUAUACAUUUUUAUUUAACGAAUUAUAUAUGGAGAUCCUAUGAAAUAUUCAAAAAAUAAACAAAUAUUUUCAAAUUCAAACUGCAAUGUAAAUAUAUAAGGUAAAUCGAUGAAAUCCUAUUUGAUGGUUUUCACGUUUUAGUAUUACUUUUAUUUUUUUAUAACAUCACAAAAUGUCGUUUAUAUUUUUUUAUCUAAAUAAUUUAUUAUAUUGUUUAAAUUAUUUUCGACAAGUUUUGCAUUUGAU